AUGCCUCGUUUGAAUUUACUGUUGAAGGCAUUCUUUACUUUUGGCGUUAAUUGUAAUAAUUAUCCGCAAUGGCGAUAUCAAAAUCAUGGUCAAGUUGUGUGUGGAAAUGCUGUAUACUUGUAUUUGACUAUGGAGAAACUUCAUUGUCCGAAGCAUUACUGGUGUUUUGCUUGCAAGCAGACUUCGUCGUUGCAGUCGCGUUUUCAUCAAGAUCAGUUCCGUUCCACCAUCGACAUGAGUAUGCGACGGAGUUCGCGAACUCAUAAAGCCCCUGUUUGGGUUCAAGACUUCUUCAAGCCUAGUGUUACUUCAACUCCUCUUUACGCCGAUAUUGAUGUGGGACCGUAUUAUGAUAGUGAAAGUUCAACUGCUCCUGAAACUGAAGAUGAAAUAUAUGAACCCAGUCAGAAAAGUCCCAAGAGCAACAAAACUGUGUCUCGAGUAAAUGCUCCGGCUAAAGAGAUGACUCAUCCAAAAGCGAAAACAUCUGAAACAAACGGGUCAGUCGUGAUGGCCAAUAAGCAAAAAGGUGUGGCUCGUACGAGAUCGCGUUCAAGAAGCCGUAGUCGUAAAUCCACUCCAAUCAAAUCUAUCCGUCGUACUUCGGACACAGAAACUGCGAUCACACCAACGAUAACCGUAGCCAGCGAGGUCUCGCCCAACUUGAGCUUUCGUCGAUCGACUCGAAUCGCCGAACGUGCAGCGAACGGAGUCAUUAAGACAGAUAAUAAUGAUGAAAAACCAAAGCAAAUUCAGUCAGAUAGUGUGUUGAAGUCGCAAAACGAAACGUCAUUCUUCGAUAUGGAUAUCCUCUCGGAUAAUCCGCGAUUGAUGAGAUUGCUGCAGUUGAUCAUGCUCAUCGUUUAUCUGAUCGUCUUCUACCAAAUCUGUGUCUACUUUCGAACUGAUAAACUCGUUGCACAAGCGAUACGCAAGUGGCGCCAACUAUGA